AUGUCUUCUGCCCGACGUGACUUCUUCCUCUUUCUGCUGAUGCUGGCCCACACCUUGCUCGCCUCUGCUCUUUUCGUUGAACCGUGCGUCGACUGGUCCUCUGCAGGAUUAAGCUCAACUUCUCAUGAGUACAAAGACCAGGAGCUUCAGACUCUGCCUCUCGAGGAACUCUACGUUAAUGCAGGCAUCAUGACCGUCCGUCAGCGCCUGUGGGUGCAAACGGGAAAUUCUGGCGACUACAGCCUCGGCUUCAACAUUGGUCUGUUCAAACGUGCCAAAGCAGCCGGUAUCAAGCGCCUCUAUCUCGACGUCUUCCUCAGCGACACAUGGACCGACCCGGCCCAGACGAGGGGCCCUGCAGUCUGGACCUCGAUGAUACGCGAAGAAGGCGUCAGUUGGCUUGAGAAGACCGUGCAAGACUACUUUGGACAUGUCAUGCGGUCCCUCGUCCGAGCCGGUGUCGCGCCGCAGAUCAUUUCGAUCGGAAAUGAGGUGACACCUGGACCGUUUGGGAAAAUCGGUCGUUUGUCAAAGAGCAAUCCCCGUGGCGCCGAGAAUACUGCCAUGAUCUUCAAGGCGGCGUCCAGAGCGAUCCGAGGCGUCGAUGAGACGGUCAAGAUCCUGAUCCAUACCCACAAUGCGUGGGACACAGCGCUUCAGACCUUUUUCUACGAGCAGAUCCUUGAGAGUGGAAUCUUCGUGGGUAACGCCCUAGGAGUCCAUCGUACCAGUCAUAAGAACACUGAGCAACAAUGCCUCCUUUCUCUCUUCCUCGCUUCCUCCUUCUCUCGUCGGCAGACGACCAAGGACUUUGAUCUGAUCGGGCUCAGCUUCUACCCGGCUCAAGACCCAUCGGCGACGCAGGCAAACCUCGCCGCCACGAUCCGCGCUCUCAGGGCGAGGUACGGUAAGCCCGUCAACAUUGUCGAGUUCGGCUGGCCCCAGGCGUGCGCCUCCCGCGCGAAAUUUGCCUCUGACGUCCGUCACGUACGCGCCUCGCCACUGGGGCAGGCGCACAUGAUCCGAGUGACAAAGGCGACGAUCAAACGCGCUACAAGGGGGCAGAAAGAAAACCCCUUGCUGUGUCUCUGGGAGGUGGCUUGGCUCGACAAUCCCACGUUGGGCUCGGGGUGCAGCAACAGCCUCAUGUUCAGCCCGGACGGUACGGCGCUCGAGGGCGUAUACGCCCUCGCCGCCCACGGACAUAACGGUCGUGACAUGGGCCGUGGCAUGGGCCGUGGCAUGCGUCGUGACAGAGAUCGCAGGAUGAUUCGUGGCAAGCGUCGAGACCGGCGCCCCAUCAGCGCGCCUUUUAGAAAGCCCCACGCUCGUCAAGGACAAGGACGUAGCGGUCGUCACUAA